UAUGGCCACCAUUUGCAGAUGAAGCUUGGGGUCCUAACCGGGAACACCCUUCCAAGAUGGCAGCCAACAGUAGCAGCACGGGUAGCAAGUCCAGCAGCGGCGGCGGAUCAGGAAAACAGGCCGGUCCGUCGGCUGAACAGGUGGUGGCCACAUUUCAGAGGAUGCGGCAGGAGCAGCGUAGCAUGGCGUCUAAAGCUGCAGAGCUGGAGAUGGAUAUCAACGAGCACAGUUUAGUUAUUGAAACUCUAAAGGAGGUGGAUCCUUCGAGGAAGUGUUUUCGUCUAGUAGGAGGGGUGUUGGUGGAGAGAACAGUGAAAGAAGUUCUACCUGCACUGGAAAACAACAAAGAACAGAUAUCCAAAAUAAUCGAGACCAUCAACACGCAGAUGCAGGCGAAAGGACGGGAGCUAACAGAGUACAGAGAACGCUACAACAUCCGUCUGGUUGGAGAGGGCGAAAGCGAGGGUCAGGGCCAGCCUGCAGGGUCGUCCGGUAACAGCGAGGGAGGAGGAUCUAAGAGCGGAACUGGAGUUUUAGUGUCGUAGAUUGUCAGGAUGGACAGUGACGGCAGAGCCUUCUGAUUUCUGCAUCACCUGGAAGAAAAUAAAAUAAAACCUUGAUGGAAAAUUGGAACUCUU